AUGGCAUACAACCAACAGAACUACGGUGGUUACGGUGGUCCGCCACCUCAGGGUGGGCAGCCGCCGUAUGGUCAACAGCAACAGCAAUGGGGACCACCUCAGGGACCACCGCCGAACUGGCAAGGAGGACAUAACCAAUAUGGACCGCCGCAGGGUGGGCCUCCUCAGCAGCAAUGGCAGCAGCAGCCUCAACAGUGGAAUGCGCCUCCAGGACCGCCGCCAGGCCAACAAUGGGGCCCGCCUCAAGGUCCGCCUCCUGGUCAGCAGCAACAGUGGAGUGCACCCGGCGGCCCACCGCCUGGUCAAUUUGCGCCGCCGCCAGGGCCCCCUGGGCAGAAUUUUGGUCCUCCACACGGCGGACCGCCUCAAGGUGGCUUUGGAGGUCCUGGUGCGCCAGGUCAGCCAUCACUCGGAUACGUAUUCGGCACGAACGAAAAGGAGCUCAUCAGAGUACUAGCACCCCUUGAUCCACUUCAAGUAGUCACAUUGAGCCAAACCUACAGCCAGAUCCACCGUGGCCGUGACCUGGAAAAGGAUAUCGAAGACGAAACCUCCCGGUACUUCAAAGAGGCUCUCAUAGCGCUUCGUCAAGUCAGCAGUUGUCGGCGCCGGCACCAACGAGCAACUCCUCAACACGUGGUCCUCGGCCGCUCGAACGCCGACCUUCGCGCCAUCAAGGAGACCUACCAGAGGCUCUUCAGCCGCCGUAUGGAAGCCGAUGUGGACGGCGACCUCAGCAUGAAGACGAAGGACCUCUUCCGUAUCGUUCUUCGCGCCAAUCGCGCAGAAGAGAACACACCUAUCGACCCGCAAUCAAUUGACCGCGAUGUCAACGAGCUCAACCGGGCUCUUGCUUCGUCCGGCGAACAAGUUGCAGUCUGCAAUAUCAUCGCGCUUCGCUCCGACGCACAACUUCGUGCCAUUGCACAAGCCUUCCAGAACAAGCACCGCAAACCACUACGAGACAAGCUAGAGAGGGUAUACGGCGGACACAUGGAAGAUGCCCUACUUCUCAUGCUCGACCGCGCGACCGAUCCUGCAAUGUCUGAUGCUCGCAUGCUUGAGGCUGCGAUGGCUGGAAUGGGCACAAAGGACCGCUUGCUGGUGCACAGAGUGGUGUCGUGUCACUGGAAUAGAGCUCACAAGGACCAGGUCAAGCGGGCGUAUCAGCAUAAGUACAAGAAGGAUCUGCUGGAGCGGAUACGUGGAGAGACAUCGGGCGACUACAGGAACGUGCUGAUUGCAUGUAUGGCCUAA